AUGGUAAAGGUGUGCUAAUAUGUUAUGAUGGUACAAUAAAUGUAAUUUAUAUUGUAUUUUUUUAGGGAAAGUUAGUAGAGGUGGUAUUUCCUUUCUUAUUCUGGAAAAAGGUUCUAUUUAUAUAAGAGAAUUUUUGGGUAGUAGUUUUAAUGGAGAAGAAUGAAUGACUUUUGCAACUGGAAACCCAUAUUUGGGAAAAUGGAAAAAUGCAUAUAUGGGUUAAUAUAAAGGAAAAAAAAAUUUGUUCGAAAUUCAUAUAUAAAUUCGUUGACAGAAAAAAAUAUUUAGGUUAUUUUUUUUAAAUGGCCAUUUUGA